AUGGGUAUAUCUGUUGAUAAUUUUUUUCAACUAAAAUUUGAAGAAAGUCAAUGUUUUAUUGAUCAUUAUCAAGGAUUAUUGGAUUUAUCGAAUGUCAAUAUUCAGUCAAAAAUGACCGUAGCAAAAAACAGCAUCUUGCAAUCAGGAAAUGAAAUAAAUUAUGAAACAAAAAACAAAAUAUUUCUAAAAUAUAUAUUAUAUUUCAAUAUAUUUUUAGGUUUGUUGGCUGAAAAUGGAAGAUUAAGGAAUCUAAAUUCAAUCAUUAAUAGUUUCAAAAUCAUUAUGGCUGCUCAUCGAGGAGAUUUAACAUGUGUUGUAACUACAGCUAAGCCUUUAGAUUCAGCUGAUCAACAAGAGCUUAAAAAGACAUUGCAAGCGUUUGCAAAGAAAGGAGAGACUAUAAAGAUUGAAUUGAAAGUUGAUCCUACUAUCAUUGGAGGAAUGGUUGUCAGCAUUGGAGACAAAUAUGUUGAUAUGAGCGUUGCUACAAAAAUUAAAAAAUACACUGAAAUCAUCCAGGAUGCUGUUUAAAUGUUAAAGCAAUAUUUAGUUUGGUACCAAUGGAAUACUUUUAGUAUAAAAUAAUAAUUAUUAAACAACUGUAAA